AGCAACAGAGCAGAGAGAAAGAGAAGAUCUUGCAUUCUGCAUGGGACUACAAUCUAUCCUUGUAGCCAAUUGUUGUGCAGAAUGUCUUGCGCCAUUUAGUCCACACUGCGUCUAUUCAGACUUAAGCAAGAGUGAAUUAGCCAGUGCUGAGAGUCGAAGGAAGCUAUCGACAAGCAGGACUACGCUGGAAUAAACUCACCCAUGCUUCCACCCGAAAACUUCUCAAGCAGGUUUACACUGUAUCCACUGCUCUUUUGACGUUAUCAUAUUUUUCCUGCAAAGACAUGAACCGAACAAUGGAACUUUAUUGCCUCGAGCCGAACAAAGUCGUGAGAGCCCAAAUUGACCACACCAUUCUAUUUGAUGAAAGAGUAUUGCAAAGUCUGCUGAACAUUGAAGACAGGUUUCUACCGCAGUGUUCGUAUUUUAAAUGUGUCCAGAAGGAUAUUCAGCCAUAUAUGAGACGUAUGGUUGCAGAGUGGAUGCACGAGGUUUGUGAAGUGGAGAAGUGUGAGGAAGAUGUUUUCCCCCUGGCUAUUAAUUAUUUGGAUAGAUUUUUAGCAAUACAGCACACCAAAAAGAGUGUUUUGCAACUUCUGGGAGCUGUGUGUAUGUUCCUUGCAUCAAAACUAAAGGGGAGUUUUCCAUUAACUGUAGAAAAGCUGUGCAUGUACACAGACAACACCUUCACACCAAGGGAGCUGCUGGAGUGGGAGCUGGUGGUCCUAGGGAAGUUGAAGUGGAACAUGGCAGCGGUCAUUCCCAAUGACUUUGUAGAUCACAUCCUACGCAGACUGGCCCUGCCCAAAGAGAAGCUAUCUGUGGUUCGCAAACACACGCAAACAUUCAUCGCCCUGUGUGCCACAGAUUUCAGCUUGGCCAUGAACCCCCCCUCCAUGAUCGCCACAGGCAGUGUGGGGGCAGCUGUCUGUGGCCUACAGCUGGACCAAUCAGACCCGGCCCUGAGUCGAGACCAUCUGACUGACCUGCUGGCCAAGAUCACUAGCACUGAGGUGGACUGCCUGAAGGAGUGUCAGGAGCAGAUAGAGAGGGUGUUGAUCAGUAGCCUGCGGCAGGGGCAGCAUCAGCAGGAGGCCGGAGGCAGGGCAGGCAGCAAGGCCACAGAGCAGCAAGACCAGUCAAGCACCCCGACAGACGUGUCCAGCACCCCGACAGAUGUUCGCGAAGUCAACCUAUGAGCUUUCCACCACCACCAUCUACAAGACUGACGUCAACCAGCAAGCUCCAAUUACUCACCUCGCUCCCAUCUACAGGGUCUGACCGCGUUUGCGGCGUGAUUCGUUAAGCUGCCACAGCACAUACGGAGUCGGUUAAUGAGACCCCGCCAGUUAAUGCCAUGCCAACCUAUGAAUUGCCACCCUGGGGUGUAAAGUCAACCCAUGAGGUCAGGAUGACAAUCUAUGAGCUGCCAACAGAGUCAAGCUGGAAUUAUCAAAUGAUAAGAUCUUUUAGAGUUAAUUUAGAGAGUAGGUAAAUAACUGUUGUUUCAGGUUUUGUUUUCGACCCCUGUCUACGUUAAGCAUGUCACAUAUUGACAUAUGUGCCAUAAUAAAUCUAUUUUAGAAGCAAAUCGAUUUUAAAACUUGAUAGUGCCUAAGGUUUGCAGAAAGAAAUAGAUUUGCGUACUUGAAUUAUGAAAUUUUUUGAAAUAUUCAUUUUUACUUGAUACAAAUAAAAUAUAGUUUUAAAGACAAAGCUAGCAAAAACAUUUGGUUAUAAUUCAUAUAUUUGUAUUCUAAAUAUUAUUAUUGUAUUUGUAUACUUAUUUCAAAUAUACCGUAAUAGCAUUUCAUGAUAGUUACAAUUGUUAUUACCAUAAUUAUUAAGCAUGUAUUAAUUUCACAGUAAGUGGGUAUGUCUCAUAGUUGUGACCAUCUAUUCUGUUUCUGAUACAGGAAGCCCAUAUAAUACUGUGUGUGUGUUACAUUACAUGCUGGUUUUGUUCUGCACAGUGUUUAUACACUUACAUUAUGGAGAAGCUACAACAGGUUGAGGAGAACUGCUUCUCCUACCUGCUGUAGUGUGCACCUGUAGCACUGCUUCUUAUUUAUGCUUGUAUAUUCUAGCCAGGAGAGGGCUGGGCCCACUCACAGAACAGAGAGAGGGGGUGGAGAGACAGCUAAGCCCCAAUGCUGUAUUUUUACUGCCCCCUAAGGUUGAGAGUGUGGAGGACAGAACAACUAUCAGCUGUUGCGGUCUUUAAUCGAUUGCCAAGUUAAUGCCUAGCCAAUAUUUACUUUUUGAAAUGAACAAGGUCGAUAUGUGAUUUUGUUGUAUGUUAUGUUAUUGGAUCGAGAUUGAGGAUAAUAGUUUUUAUAGAGGGUACUGUUGUAGUUUGUUAGGAAAGUUGACUUAAAGACAAGUUUUUGUUUUGUAUCAGCCAAGCCAAUACUAGUGAAAGGAGACAUGUGCAUGUUGGUAGAAAGUUUAUAGCCUAGAGAGGAGCAAGAUUUGUUUGGUUAGUGUCAAAUGGAUUAGUAAAAUGUUUCGAAAAGGUGGAGUAGUCUAUUGGAGAAUGAGAGGAGAUGGUAAAUUGAAGGUUUUGAGAAUGGAAUGAGGGGAGACAUGGUGCUAUAAAAUUAAGUACUGCUGUUAGUUAAAAUGACAGGAAAAUGGAUGAAGGUGCAUCAUAAUUUGGUAGCUGAUGGGUAAAAUACCUUCCAGUCAUUGUAAGAUCUGUCAAGGGUCUAUGUUUGAUUAAAGGAACAAAACGUAGCCCAAAUGCUCUCCAGAGGGUCACCAGAACAAGACCAUUUCUUUAAUAAAAAUAGUACAGUCAGUUGUCAUUGUUGAUAAUGAGGGAGGAGUUUGGUAUGCUGGAAUAUUUCUUUAAAGGCCUCCUUUUGUUAAAUCUUUACUAGAUAUUUAAGUAAUGGUCAAAGACUUUGUCAAGGUCGUGGAUUAACCUAAAUGCACUUUUUGAACAUGUUCCUCAAAAGUUGAAAGGGAUGGUAAUUAAAUAGGGUAAGUGGGGUUGUAGGUUUUUUUUUAAUUUUUUUUAAGUUAUUUCAUCUUCUCUGGGCUGGAUUCCCACUUUCAAUGCAUGUUGUGGUGAUGCACGUUGACAACAAAGCAUUUUCUGACCAGUGAAUAAGACGUAGGGUUUAGGAACAUGGAACUAUGGAAUUAAUUGCUAUGCAAACCUAGGAAAGGAAAAGAAAAAGAAUAAUCACAUCUAGACUUGAUUCAUUGAUUGAUUAUAUCCAUUUAACUUGAAGUGAAAUUUGGCCUGCGUCAUAAUGAAAUCCAUUGGAUGGUCCUAAGAUAGGGUUCCAUAGCAUAUAUUUUUUUUUCAUCUAAUUCAUUUAUUUAGCAUUUUGUUCAGCUUGUUUGUCAGGAAGAAAAAAGGUAUCUUUCUAUGGUAAGUCAUGUCUUUAAACCUAAGGACCAAAACUUUGCUCUUCACUUUUGAACAGAUAUUUAACAAUGCAGAUCAAAUGAAGAAACUUUUUGCCCCCCCCCCUCCCCCACAUGACAAGUAAGCCUUUAUUUGCUAUAAACUGAUAAAUUAUGUGGGUAAACAUUAGUUUUGUUUGUUUGUUAAUUAAAUUAAUUUCUUCAUUAUAAAAGCCAAAAUAGAUCUGUUUUUGUUUGAAAUCUUUCUGUUGCUGCUAUUAAGCUUUUUGUUUUUCAGUCUUAUAAUAUUGAUAUUCAGUGUGCUGCUAUAUUAUGGACUUUAAAGUAUAAUGUUAUUGUUUCCUUGCUUUUUCCUUUUUGUAUGUAUAGUUGAGAAAUUAGUUAAGGAGAGAGUGAAAGUAUUGUACUGGAAAUACCUUGUGCAUUUUUCUCAAAUAGCAUGUUCUACGCUCUUCUUACAAUUUAUUUUGUGUUCUGCCAUUUUCUUACUGCAUUCUUCCAUUUUAAUGUUUGUGUACCUCAGGUUCAUUGGACAAUACCUCACAACUCAGCAGCAUUUCAGGGAGUUAGUGGAAAAAACUCUGACUCUGUAUUUUGACAUGUUACAGGUCAUUUUCUGGAUGAGAGUCAGGAGAACCAAUAUUCCACCCCUCUCUUUGGACAGCAAAAUGUCAUUCCAUUCCAUAAUAUUCCAUUGAUUUAUGGUGAAGGACCAUCUGUGUUGUAUCAUUCCAGGUGCUGAAUAUGGAACAGGGCUCUAUAAAAUAUAUAUUUGAAAAACAAGAACCAUUAUGCAUUUCUAACCUUUUUUUCCCUACUUAUAAUUUAGAAUUGUAUUGGCUCAUUUAGGAUCAGGUGAAUACAUAUUGUGAGGUACCAUUCGUUUUUUAUAUGAAAAAAAAAAAUGUAACUGUUAAAUUGUGGAAAACUUUGUUUUCAAUCAAUUCUGACCACCCCCCAUCCCCGCUGUUAACCAGAUUGUGUGGCUCAGAAGUGUCUAAUCCACAUCUUCUGUUCAAUAAAUUCAACCAAAA